GAGGUAUUUAGUUAAGCCAUAGUUAUGUGUCAACCGUGACAGACGCACGUCUUUAAAGUAAAAGUUAAAGAGAUUCGUUUUAAUUUAACCUUAAAUAAAAUAAACACAAAAAUAUAUUUUCGAUAAUGCGGCGAACUAAUAAUUACUGGCUAUGUUACUCCUUGAGCUUCAGUUUUUUUCUUCUACUGAUUAUAGUUGUAAAUCAAUUCAAUAGUAACACAUAUCUUCUUACAACCACUGCUAAUCGAAAAAACAUUCAGAUUAUAAUAAGAGUGGAAGAUGGAGCAGAAACAUACACGAAAGAGAUACUUAUUGUUGACGAGCUCAAUGAUUCAACAGCAAUAGAAGGAAAGCCUAUUCAGAAUAAAUUGUCAACCAUGCAGAAUAAUACCCAAAUGACAGAGGUUAUUGAAAAGAUUUUAGAAGAUGCACGUACGAAUAUCAAGAAUGAGCUCUCUAAUUAUAACUUUUCAUAUUCUGGUGCUAAUUUACUGGAAGAUUUAGUCAUGGAAUCUGGAGGACAACCACAGCGUACUUUAAUUAUUUCUUCAUGGCGAUCAGGAUCGACUUUUUUUGGAGAUUUGAUAGAUUCUAUUCCAAGCAGUUACUAUCAUUAUGAACCACUGCUCAUGUUUGGAAUCAAACAAAUUCGAACGCCUGCAGAAGCUGGCGAAGCUCUCAAAAUUGUAAAAAACAUGUUCAAAUGUAAUUUCGAUGGUUUGGAAGAGUAUUUUGAAUUUGAGAGCAAAGACUUAGAUUUGUUUAGUCAUAGCACCAGACUAUGGGACUAUUGUAAGUAUGACAACAAAAACGACUUGUGUUUCGACGCGGAAUUUACCUCACGACUAUGUAAGCUGUUCCCUUUCCAGAGCAUGAAGCUAGUCAGACUGAGAUUACGACUUGUUGAGGAAAUUAUAAAAGAUAAAGAUCUCAACGUGAAGGUAAUUCUAUUGACUCGAGACCCCCGGGGUCUGAUGCAGUCGAGGCGUCAGCGACACUUCUGUGAGCUGUCUUCAGAUUGUUGGGAACCCUCCCUGGUCUGCGCCGACAUGAUCAGUGAUUAUGUAGCAGCGAAAAGUAUACUGCAAAAAUAUCCUGAUAGACUUCUAGUGAUAAGAUUUGAAGAAUUAGUACUACAACAGAACACAACACUAGAGAGAAUUUUAAAUUUCCUCGACAUUGACGCGAGGAAGGCAUUUAAUGAUUUUCUACAGACGCACACUAACGUAGAGGUAGCUGGAGUUCAUUCUACUUUCAAAGUCUCUCGUAAUAUUCCUUUUAAGUGGAAACAUACGUUGGACUUUACUUACAUUAGUGAAUUACAGAUGGCAUGUAAGGAAGCAAUGCACUUAUGGGGCUAUAAGAUGGCCUACAAUCAGACUCAUAUGACAAGCGAAGAUUUUAACCCAGUAGACGACUAUAAAAUAUCUUAAUAAAAUUAUUUCAGUCUUAGACAA